AUGCCUCGCGUCGCGCCGCACAGGAGAAGCGGGAGCCGAGUUGGAUCUGGCUCGUUCCUCGAGUCUCCCUUCAAGUCUCCAGCCAAAUUGCCUCUUGCCGAUGAUGCGAUUGAGAAAGCCGAACGUGCCCAGGGCCGUAAGGCCGCUCACGAGGCCCAGAUCAACCAGAUUCGCUCCGCCGCGACAAGCACACCGCGCAAGUCGAGCGGCGCCUUCAACCCUGAUCUCGACCAUGGGGCCUCCCCCAACUCUACGCCGCGGACGCCACAUCGGCGCCGGAGCGCGGUUCGCGAGACCAUCCUUCUCGACGAUGAGGAAGUCGUGGUUGGCGGUAGGGCUGUUACCCCGAUGAAGCGCGUCCCUAUUUUGGCCAACUUCGAGGAGUGGAUGAAGAUGGCCACGGACAACAAGAUCAACGCCGCCAACUCGUGGAACUUUGCCUUGAUCGACUACUUCCACGAUAUGUCCCUGCUGAAAGAAGGCGACAGCGUCAACUUCCAAAAGGCCAGCUGCACCCUGGACGGCUGCGUCAAGAUCUACACCAGCCGUGUUGACAGUGUCGCAACCGAGACAGGCAAGCUGCUGAGUGGCUUGGCUGACAGUCGCGACAGCAAAAAGAAGGACCGGGAAGACGGUGGGGAGGAUGAUGACGAGGAGGAAGAGGAGGUCGAUGAGGACGGCACUGUGCGAAAGAAGCCCAAGAAGAAGACCCAGCGAUCAUCUGAAGCCACUCUGGCCCCAUCCUUCGCUUCUCUCCAGCUGAAGAAACUCGAGCUGGAAUUUGCUGUCGAUCCGUUCUUCAAGAAAGCAUCCGCCGACUUCGAUGAGGGUGGCGCCAAGGGCUUAUUGUUGAACCACUUAAUGAUUGACUCACAGGGCCGCAUCGUGUUCGACAGCAGUGAUGACGCCGAGGACGUAGCUGAAGCCAGCGCCAAGCCUAGCCGAGAGGCCGAUGAUGAGCGCCCCGAUUCUGAGGAUGCAGAUGCCGAUGGCGAUAUCUCUAUGACCGAUCGAGAUGCCUCUGCACCAGGGCAGGUCGAAACCCAACCGGAGGAAGAGGAUGAGGAUGUCGAAAUUGACGUUGCUGCGCUUGGUGCCAAAUACUUCCCUGAUCUGAGCAUCCUAGACAGCUUGGACGUGUGCCCCUCCCUGAAGACGUUCGAUCUCGGCGACCCGUCAGGUUCCCUCUACAUCCCUUUCCUGAAGGUGCCUGAUGACUGGCGCCACGACCAGGAGAAGGAAAAGACACCCGGCCUCGGUAGUCUGGGCAACAAGUCUGCCAUGUUCAUUGAUGACGAGAACCCAGAUGGCUUUGACGACGACGAUGGGCUCGGCACCUUUGACAUGGGGGCAGACGUCGGUUUCGGCGAGGGAGGUGAGGCUUGGGCAAAGGAGGCUGCAUUGGAGCCACACGCGAUGCGCGUGUAUGAUGCCGGGCUUGGCGAUGGUACCGAAGGGGAUGGUGAGGGCGAUGGAGCUGACCUGAUGGACGCUGGAACUGGUGAAUACGUAGUGGCGAUGUCCCAACCGAGGUCAGCGGAGAAGAUCCACGAAGAUAUCCUCAGCUACUUUGACCAGGCCCUUCAGAAGAACUGGACCAGUGCCGAACACUGGAGGAUACGAAAGAUCAAGGACGUCAACAAGCCCAACGAGCCCACGCGGCAACGCAAGGAGAAGCAGCCUUUUGAGAUCGAUUUCGUCUCUCCCUUGGAUAAGGCGCUGGCCGAGAUCAUAUACACGAAGGCAUCCUCCAACGCAACCAUCUCGAUGCCCAAGAAGGACUGGAAGUCCAAGACUAAGAACCUCCUCCCUGACGACAAGCACUUCAGCUCGAAGCAGCUCCUCAGUCUCUUCCUCAAGCCCAAGGCUCGCAUGGGUCGGCGGCGCGUCCUUAAAACAAGCCGCAUCGGUAACAUUGAUUCCGAGCGCCACGACGAUCUGCCUGAGGGCGAAGUCGACGAGGCCUUUUGGGCCACGCAGAAAGCACCUCUCGCAAACGGCAACGACCGGCCUGGCCGUCAUCCCGACGACGACGAUGAGCCCCUUCCGCAGGGUGACUACGACGCUAACUUCUUCGCGGACGACGGGCUGCCGUUUGCCGGAGGCAUGGACGACGAUGAUGACAUGGACCGCUUCUCCGAUGCACGGGAGCACUUUUCUCCAGAACCUGGCGCUGGCGGUCCGGGCAUGAACUCCACAGCCGGGCUGCAGGACUUGGCGACGGGCAUUAUGGGCCAAAACCCCGGUGAUGGGGCGUUUGGUACCAACCUUGUCACGCAGGGCCGGCGCGUCAGACCUGAAUAUGUGCAAUACGCGCGCGUGGCUAAGAAAGUUGAUGUCCGUCGGCUGAAGGAGGAGAUCUGGAAGGGUAUGGGCUUUGAUGAGCUUACGAGCUCCAAUAGUAACGACACAAGCCAACUCCAGACACCAGCCAGGCAAGCGGAGGAGCAACGGUCCCCCGAAUCGGCCGAUGGCCCCAACGGUAAAGACAAGGACCCAACUCUGCGUUUCACGGAUGUUAUGAACAGCCUGCAGAGGGUAUACCCGAAACAAGUUAUGGAUGACAUCUCUACCAGUUAUUGCUUCAUCUGCCUGCUUCACCUGGCGAACGAGAAGGGGCUGGUCAUCGAGAAAACGGAUACGCUGGACGAACUGUAUAUCCGGAAAGACUGGUCCGCUGUUGUGGGGGAUGAGUAA